UCUCGGAGGCAGUGCACGAGGUGUCGUUUGCCCGCGUACGCAAGAUCAACCUCGAGCGAUAUAAAUGAAGCUGGACAUGCUGCCAACGAACACGAUCGAGCUGCAGGUCGGUUGCUCGUCGUCGCCACCGCGGGAGUAUGAGACGACGAGUAAGAGUUUCAUCCUGGAGACGAUGCCCGGCGAGUCGCAUACCGAAACGGCGGCCUGCCGUUUCUUGGAGACGGGGGUCGUUGCACGGUGUCAGGAGGAGAGCAACGAGACCACCAAGACAGUGCCCGAGGCCGGCAACAGCGGCGAGUGCCCCGCGAAAAGGAGGAUCGAAUCAGCUGGUGGCGGCAGGCCCGUCGUCAACAAUCGACCGCCGCCGCGUCACAGUUUCUCGAAGAGCUCCGCGUCCCUGCAGAGUCUGGUGCGUCGAAGGAGUCGUAAAAACGGCGGCGGAUCCUCGUUGCCAUUGGAGAUCGAUCUGUCCACGUACUCGGCCCAUCCGAUGGAUCCGACGUGUUUGGUCGACACGGUAACCAAGGAAAAUGUAGCCGGUUUCCGUAACGACGAGGAGACCUGUAUCACGAGCCGAACGUCGACGCUCCUUUACGCGUCCGUCGUCGCGCAACCGUCAUCCAGAGGCGUAGGGAAUGUUCAGGAUGUGUCCGGUACGGUGAACGUCGCGAACGUAGCGACGACCACCACCACAACGACGACCAGUAACGCGAGUAACGUUACAUCGUCCGCGAGCGGAAGUCAUUUCGGCAAUACCGCGUCCUCGUUGAUAAGGACGACCAGUGUGAUCACGGCUGGACCGUCCACGUCCUCUUGGAACACGUCCACGGACCAGGAGUCUGAUUACGUCGUCGAUCCGGUUCAGGGAAACGCUUACCACAAAGGACAGUUUCUUGGGAAGGGUGGCUUCGCGAGGGUUUAUCUGAUGACCGACGUCAGCAAUGGGAACCAAUACGCCUGCAAGAUAAUUCCGAAAAAUCGAAUGCAAAAAAUUCACAUGCAGAAGAUCGCGCGUGAAAUCAUGAUCCACAAGGAGCUGAAUCACGCGAACGUUGUCCAGAUGCAUCACUACUUCGAGGACAACCUAAACGUGUACAUGCUUCUGGAGGCCUGUCCUCGAAAGAGCUUGAUGCAUGUGCUGAAGUAUCGCGGCAAAGUCACGGAGCCGGAGGCACGUUACUACAUGAAGCAGAUGGUAACAGGAGUCGCGUAUAUUCACUCGCAGAAGGUGGUGCAUCGAGAUUUGAAGCCUGGCAACAUGUUCCUGUCGGAUCGAAUGAUCGUCAAGAUCGGUGACUUCGGGCUAGCGACCAGGCCCGACGGACAGCGCAGACGAGUGACAAUAUGCGGAACACCGAAUUACAUCGCGCCGGAAGUGUUGUAUAAGCAGGCGUACAGUUACGAGGCGGAUGUUUGGGCGCUCGGAUGCAUACUCUAUGCCCUGCUGGUCGGUCAGCCGCCAUUCGACACCGCGACUCUCAAGGAAACGUACGACAGGAUAUGCAACAAUCAUUACCGCGAAGUCGACGACACGAUCGCGAGUAGGAGCGGGCAGGAUCUAAUCAGGUGGUUGCUGCAAUCGAACCCGGAGCUGAGACCGUCCUUGGAGAGGGUGAAGGAGCACGCGUACCUGACUAAGGAAUACGUGCCCGUGUCUCUGCCCCACACCUGUUGCUACCAAAUGCCGCACGCAUCGAUCAUCGACCCAAUAUCGUCCCCCUCGUCGAAUUCCACGACCUCCAGAAAUCAGAAAUUCAAUAAGAAUCAGGUAUGGCCGAACAUGUUAUCGCAAGAAAUGACGCAUCGGUACCACCAUCAAACUGUGCAAACCCAACAGACGCAACAGUUACAACCGCCGCAAUACCAGCAACCGCAACAACAGCAGAAUCUGAUCAAUCAGCCCCAGAAAGGACUACGAAAAGGAUCGAAGGUGAUCAGCUGGUUGGCCAGAAAGAUUCCGAAGGUUCCGAAAUUCAGGCAACGAUUGAGCAGUAUAUUGUGCCCGGAUCACAAGAAGAUGGGCUAUGUGGCGCAGAGUAUGCAAAUGCAUCGUGCAUUGGAGACCUGCAUCAACGAAAUGAACCACAAGAAUAUGCUGCAAAAUCCUCCACCUGUGGAGGACGUAGUGCCCCUUUUCAUCACAAAGUGGAUCGAUUACUCGAACAAGUACGGUCUCAGCUUCCAACUCUCGGACAGAUCUGUCGGCGUUCUUUUCAACGAUAAUACGAAGAUUAGUUACACACACGACAGAAGGGUGGAGUAUAUGACUACCGAAGACGAAGUAACAAGGUACCAUAGAGAAGAAGAUGUUCCGCCUGCAUUGCAGGAAAAGCUCGAGUUACUUCAACGUUUCGCCCAGUAUAUGGACAAUUACAUGACUGAAGGUGGUGAAAUCAAGGAGUAUCGAGCUGUCCCAAAGCAGUCGAAGAACGUCUGCAUACCGCGAGUGAGAAGAUGGCUAAGAACGGACAAAACCAUUGUGAUGGAGCUGACGGUGCCUCUUUUACAAGUGAACUUCUUCGAGGACCACACGAAGUUAGUAGUCUCCCAGGAAUCGUCUAGCAGAGGAUACUUAAUAACAUACAUCGACACCAGCCGGCGUACGUCUUCAUAUUGGUUGAACGAUAUACGAGAUUUCGGGUGUACAAGUGAUCUCUACGAACGUCUAUAUUACGUGUGCAAACUGUCCAAGGAAUUCGCAGAACUGCAUAACAACACGAUCGCUUGACCGUCAAAGGCACAUCGGAAACCGCGAGGUAUUCCGAGAAAUUGAAAAUUCGUUCGGCGCGAUGAUUUUUUUGUCUUUUUUGUUGGCUGCACUCGUGCAACAUCCAAUACGUCAACUUUUUGACGAAUAUUUAUGACAAUUUGUUGUUACUUGAUAAUAUGGAAAAGGUACGUAGACAUCGUGUUUGACCUAAACUUUCAAAAGAUUAUCAUUCUGUUGCCGGAAUUUUGUUACUCUGUAUAAACGG